GACUCAAAACAGUCAGUCAGGGUUUGGUCACUUCUCAACGCCUUUAGUCACUGAGUUGUUUCACUCGUUUGUGUUACUCUGGCAGGGUCAUGAGGGGGGUACAACAUCUGCUGCUCCUGGCAGUGUUCGCACUUCUGGCAAGAUGUCAGCAAAAGCCACAAGUUUCUAUGUCACCCAUACUCAAGCAGAUCUUCUCUGGGGACUUAUUUUUUCUGAGAUGUAACAACACCACAAGUGGGAGCGGAGUGACAUGGUACUACAACGAUAUCAAACAAACAUUGACAAACGACACCUGGAAGAUAGGAGCUGCCUCACCCAAGCACUCAGGCUCUUAUCAAUGCGAGAGCGGGCAAAGGAGUGACAGUUUCUCCAUCAAAGUCCUGGAUUACGUUCCCAGUGCCUCACUCACCAUCGUGGCAGGCCAGCCAGUGGUUCGGACGGAUGGUUCUGUUGUCCUGCAGCUUGAACAUGAGGAUGGUCUGAAUGGUUGGAAAUGCUUUGUCGAUAGGGGAGGGCAGACCAAGAAGAUUAAAUUGAAGUUGAGGAAUGACAGUUUGAGUGUGGUCUUUCAACCCAAGAGACUGAACGUACCGGAGAUCAUUUUCUGGUGUACUGAUACUAACGAACAACACAGAAGUAACCAAAUCACAGUCAGGACCUCAGUGAAGGACGUAUCGCUGGAAAUGUAUCCUCUGCCUGCUGUAGUUGGGGAGAGUCUGAUUCUGAAGUGCCUUGCCUGGGGCACAGAUCAAAUAAGUCACACUGUUUUCUACAAAAACAAUUCAAUCAUUCUUGAAGGUCUCAGGUCCACCUACACAAUCUCUGAUGUGACAGAAUCUGCAAUGGGAAGUUAUAAGUGUGGUGCCACCUUCACACACAAGGCGCGCACUGAAGGGCCCCCAUACAAAGUGGUCUCUGAUGAUCAAGAUGUGUUUGUCCAAGCGCCUCCUAUGAAGGCAUUUCUCACUGCAAACACUGGCUUGUCAUGUUCUUGUCCACUUUGUCCCGAUAGUAGCUCCUAUCGUUGGUACUACAAGAAUAAUUAUCAGCCAUGGGCACUGAAGGAUUACCACCAAUGGAUAAUGCCAAAAGAGAGUGGUACUUAUGCAUGUAGAGCUGUGUGGAGCGACGGGAGGUCUUCUCUCAGCAGUGGUUAUGAUUAUCAAUCUCCGAUAUCCAUUCUAACAGGUGUAGUCAUCGCGCUGGUGAUUCUAGGUUUAGCAGCCGCUGUGUUUUUAUAUCUUAUAAUACGGUAUAAGAAGAGAAAUGCCACAGGACGGAUUUACGAGGAUAUGCCACUGAGGUCACGAGACGAAUAUGAGAUGUUGCAGAAGGGUGCCAAAAGGGAGGGCGAGUAUGACACCCUUCACCCAGAAGCACCAGGCAGACAGAAGAAAGAGGGUGAAUAUGAGGCACUGAAGAAAGAGGAAAUGACAAGUGGAGAGUACCACACUGUUAGGAUGGAGGGGGCAGUUGGUGGAGAGGGAGGGUAUGAAGCACUGAAGAAAGAGGGAAUGAAAGAGGGGGUAUACCACACCCUGGGGAUGGAGGGGGCAGCAGGAGGAGGGGGGGGAUACGAAGCACUGAAGAAAGAGGGAAUGAAAGAGGGGGUAUAUCACACCUUGGAAAUGGAGGGGGUAGCAGGAGGAGGGGGGGGAUACGAAGCACUGAAGAAAGAGGGAAUGAAAGAGGGGGUAUACCACACCUUGGGAAUGGAGGGGGUAGCAGGUGAGGUGAGUGAGAAUACAAAGGAGUAGAGAAGAAGGACAAAGACGGAGAAUAUGAGAUAGUGGAGGAAAAGAUGGAGGGCAAGGCAGAGGAGCAAAAUACUGAGCCAUAAAAGGAAAGAUAGGUCUCAGUAGCUUUUAUGCUUAAGAAAAAUCACUUUUCCCGCAAACUAGAGUAGUCAAGUGAUGUCAAGUGAAGUUAAACAUUGUAGUGCUGUAUAAGAAAUGUAAGUAACUCUGGGUAACUUUGUGUCAUGGAUUUCUGAAUAAAAAUCUAUAGAAUUAUAUGUGUCGGACUAAAAGCCUAGAGAUUUGUAUAAAAUAUAUAAUAAUAGUAAUCAUACGAUGGGCAGGGAGAAAUACUCUGACCUAACAACAAAAGUCAGUUAAAAAAGACAAAAUACAACAAGAUGAUUUUUGUUGCAUAGUGCAGUUACUAAUAAGUGAUGCCCUUCCUUCUCAAUUAUAUUUAUCAUGUUAAUUACAUGGAAUAUUCUGUAAAAUGUAAAUUGCCAUCACAAGUUAGCAGAAAAGAAAAUUAUUCAUUUUGUGAUACCAACAGUCAAACACCAAAUAUUGUAUCAGCUCUGAUCCUGUCAACUAACUAACUUCCAACCUAUAGUAAUCAUAUAUAUAUAUAUAUAUAUACUCCCACUAACAGCAUUAUGAAGAUUUUUCACAAACUGUUUUGAAGGUUUUUUUUUAAUGUGUAUUUUUUUUAUUUUUUUAUUUGUGUUUCCUUAUAAAAUUAUAUAGUUUCAUUUGUAGAUGGAGAAUAGUCUAAUGAUUUGACUUUUGUGUUUUAAAAUGUACUUACCUUACCAACGCUUUUUGUGAUGUUUCUAUAACUUCUGCGGUUGCAUUAAAAUUUAAAAAUGG